AUGAACCAAGAUCUGCGGACCCUCAAUGGCAAAAUGACGUUUCCACCUGCUUGUGAUCGUUCAGGAGACCCGCCAUCGUUGCACACUCAAUUCGCGACCAUGUUCAUCACGUCAGCAGCAGAGUUCGUUUGGGCAAACGUAAAUCCCACCAACUACAUUGGCGGCGUCAGCUUUCGCCCCGAGCGCGACAUUCCGGAUCUUUCGGGCAAGGUUGUUUUCAUUACAGGAGGAAACGCCGGUCUUGGAAAAGAGACGAUCCGCCAGAUCCUCAAACACAACCCAGAGCACGUCUUCCUCGCCGCACGGUCUGAAGACAAGGCGCAAAAGGCAAUCACCGAGCUUCAAUCCACAGCCCCAGACGUCAAAAUCACCUGGAUCCCACUGGACCUCUCAUCAACAAAGUCCGUCCAAGAUGCCGCUGAGAAAUUCAAGUCCCAAGCCGACCGCCUGGACGUCCUCGUCCUCAACGCAGGCGUCAUGUCCCUGCCCCCAGGCGAAACCGACCUCGGCCAUGAGAUCCAGCUAGGAACAAACCACACAGGCCACUUCCUGCUCACCAGACUACUCCUCCCGACCAUUCUCCGCACAGCAGAGGACCCGGCCGCCGACGUGCGCGUCAUCUCCCUCUCCUCGAUCGGGCACAACCUCGCGCCGGACUUCGAGACGAUCCUCGACCAGCAGCGGCUGAAGAGUUGCAACACGCACGCGCGCUACGGCGCCUCCAAGGCCGCGAAUAUCCUCUUCGCCGCAGAACUCGCGCGGCGAUACCCCUCCAUCACGGCGGUCUCGCUGCACCCCGGGAUCAUCGCGACGGAUCUGUACACCCCGGUCGGGGAGGGGAACCCGAUCGCAAGGGCUGGGACCAAGGUACUAGGUGCUGUUGGGACGACGGUUGAGCAGGGCGCGUGGAAUCAGCUCUGGGCUGGGUUUGGCGCAAAGAAGGACGCGCUUGUCAACGGGGGUUAUUAUGUGCCUGUGGGCAUUGGCAAGACGUGUAACCGGUAUGCUGUGGGGGAGGAGAUGGGGAGGAGGCUUUGGGAGUGGACUGAGCAGGAGCUGGAGAAGGGAGGGGCGAAGCUUUGA